AUGAAGAAGCCCGAUGCCGCAGAUGAUUCGGAAUCAACCGCAGCAUCCAGUGAGGACGAGUCGGCGGAAAAGACUAGCCCCGGGCGAAAGCGGGCGCCGGGGCCUGCAAAGGCAGACAUCCGGGACUGGGAAGCGUUCAAGCCACGAAUGAAUAGUCGGACUGUAUUAGUCAACGCGCGGGUAAACCGAGGCUAUCGAAUACGCGCCCUUGUCGACUGUGGAUGUGACUGCUAUGCCGUGAUCGACGAAGCCCUUGUUCGGAAGCUGCGGAUACCCUUCGUCGACUCGAAACCACUUGGAUUUGACGAACGUGUCUUUGCAUACGUGAUCCCAAGCCUGGGCCAGGACAUGUUCCUCGGCCGGCCUUGGAUGGAGAGAAAUCACGUCGUGUACGAUGCUGCCAAGCAGCGAAUGUACCAUGGGAGGGCAGGUGUGACGAUACGCCUCAUUGGGCAGGAAGAGCCCGCCAAGAUACGCGCGAUUCGAAGCGCAAGACUCGUUUUGUCGGAUAUAGAGAGGGCGCUUCAGCCGAAGCCGCCAGUCGAUCCGAGCGAGAAGGUCCCGGCAGAAGUGCUGAAAGAAUUCCGCGACCUAUUCUCACCAGAAGAGGCAAUGAAGCUGCCGCCACAUCGACCGGGUGUGGAUCAUGAAGUCAACCUGCAGCCUGACAAGAACGGCAACGAGCCACCCCUUCCGUGGGGCCCACUCUACAACAUGUCACGAGAAGAGCUCUCAGCGGCUGCCGCGCCGGUGCUGUUCCGCGACCGAUACCCACUGCCCUCAUCGCGGAGACCCUGCAGAAUCUGGCCAAGGCUAAGUGGUUCACCAAGAAAGACUGCAUUUCGCACGAGGUUUGGGCUCUACGAGUGGCUCGUGUGCCCUUUCGGCCUGAGCGGCGCCCCGGCAUCAUUCCAACGAUACAUGAACAGUGUAUUGCGCGAAUGGCUGGACGACUUUGUCACAGCGUACCUGGAUGAUGUACUGAUCUACUCGAGCGGUUCGAAGGCGGAUCAUGAGGCUAAGGUGCGACGAGUUCUCCAAGCACUCGCCGACGCUGGGCUGCACCUAGACCCAGCGAAGUGCGAGUUUUCGGUACAAGAGGUCAAAUACCUUGGGUUCAUCGUCAACGCAGGGAAAGGAAUCGCCUGCGACCCCGAAAAGCAGCGCGCCAUCCGCGAAUGGGAGGCCCCGACCACGGUGAAGGGUGUCAGAAGCUUUCUGGGCUUCGCCAACUAUUACCGGAUCUUCAUCCCCGACUAUGCCAAGAUCACGCAGUCUCUGGAUGCCCUGCUUAAGAAAGGAACUGCCUUUCAUUGGGGACGAGCGGAGAACGAGGCGUUUCAGGAGCUGAAGCGACGAUUUUGCGAGUCACCGGUGCUCAAGCAGUGGGACCCGAGCCUCCCGACCUUUUUGGAGACGGAUUGCUCAGGCUACGCAUUGGGAGGCGUCCUGUCGCAGGAAGGCCCAGAUGGACGUCGACACGCAUGCGCCUUCUUCUCGAAGCGACUUUCGCCAGCGGAGUACAACUAUCCCAUUCACGACAAGGAGAUGCUUGCCAUCAUGAGAUGUCUCGACAACUGGAACGCCGAACUUAGGAGCUGCGGCCCAUUUACAAUCCUUACCGAUCACCGCAACCUGGAGUAUUUCAUGACACGCCAGAAGCUCACGGAACGGCAGAGCCGUUGGGCAGCCGAAUUGUCCCAGUUCGACUUCAAGCUCGAGUAUCGACCGGGAAGCGAGGCUGUCGUGCCUGAUGCGUUGUCCGCCGUGAACAAGACAAGCCACAGGGCAUUGACGACGAGCGGGAACAAGGAAGAAUGA